ACUUCUCUCUCUAAUAUCUAACCUAGUCAAAGUCUUAUACAGCGUACUCCCAGUAUUCUACCCAGUGUUUCAACCACCCCCCCCACCUCCUCCUUCGAAAAAAAAAAUUAAAAAUAGAAAUAAAUCAAGACGAAAACAAAGACAAAGACAACCUCUCUCCCGAAAAAUGCCCUCCCAAGCCGACGACAAACGACAGGCCGCCCGCGAAGUAAUUGACAUUCUUCACGAGAUCUCCACCCUUCUUCACCCCAUUCUUAACACCAACCUAGACCGCACGGAGCUCUCUCUUUGCGUGUCGCUGAUCGAGAAUGGAGUCAAUCCGGAUGCUCUCGCGGCCGUGAUCAAAGAUCUCCGGAAAGAGGCGGCCAUGACUUCGCGAGGGUUCGUGAAUGACCAGCAGACCUUGCCGGAAUGAUUGCAAAGGUAAUACGGAG